GAGUUACGUAAAUCGAGGUGGCACCACUGGUAAAUAAAGUAAACUUCUGGUCCCAUUUUACGAAAAAGCCGAAGAAAAAGAGUAAGUUGGUCGUCUAUAAUUGUAUGUCUAAACACCAUCACACACACUUGCCACUAUUGUCUAGAACUCACUCUAUUUAUCGCUCGCACCGUCUUUGAACCCAAGAAAAGAAAGUUCGUUACACUUGCCCAGCAGAGUCAUGUCUGUUAUACUUCCUCUGUGUCUGGUUCUCUCAAUGAUUACCUAUUCAAAUGCGGCUUAUUGUGUGUGCAAAGACGGUAACGAGCAAGUGCUUCAGAAGGCAAUAGACUAUGCUUGUGGAGCUGGAGCUGACUGUACUCAGAUCCAGCUGAACGGAGCUUGUUACCAACCUAACACCAUCAAAAACCACUGUGACGUCGCUGUCAACAGUUACUACCAGAAGAAAUCUUCUUCCGGUGCAACAUGUGAUUUUAACGGCGCAGCCGUCAUCUCUAGCUCCCCUCCGUCAACGGCUUCAAGCUGUUUAUCUGGUUCCAGCUCUAGUGGGACCCCGUCCACUGGAACCCCAAAAAGUGAGACCCCAUCCACUGGGACACCAACCAGUGGCUUCCCAUCCACCGGGACUCCGUCCACAGGGAACCCCACUUCCGGAAUGCCCAACACUGUGACUCCUUCCACUUCCACGGGGAUGCCUACUUCUUCCUCGUCUUCAGUGCUCCCGGGUACUACUCUUGGACCGGUCGGGAGUGGCGGACUAGGUGAUCCGAACUCUGGAGUGAAGUUGUCAGACCGAACUAACACGGUGUUCUUCUUACUAGCCGGUGUAGUUAUGCUUGUCAUGAUGGGUUAGGGAGACAUCAUCUCAGACACACGGUUGGUUGUUGCAAUGGAUGAGCUUUGAUUUUGCCAUGGGUUGUGCAAAUCGGAUAGUGCUGCUGUAUCUUUUCUAGUUCUUGUGGAGUUCCUACAGUUAGGUUGGCCGAGAGACAUCAUUAUGCGGGGUUAGCAGCUAGUAACUUGUGAUGUACAAGUCUAAAGCAAAACUUUUUUUUUUGGGUAAAAUCCGGAGGACGAGAUGCUCGUUUGUUUCUAUUCUUUUUAUAUCCUUUUGUUUCUUUGAACCUUUCAUCUUUUAGAACGUAUCA